CUUCUUUUUUGAUCUGCUCUCUACUCUACAUUUGUUGAUUAUUGUUUACUGCAACUACUUGAAUAUGCCUCCCAAAUCAACCUCAACCCCGAAGAAACGCGCAAGCCCGACGAAGCAGCCCGCAAAGCAGCCCGCAAAGCAGCAGCCCGCGGCAACUCCCUCGACGCGAUCAAAGGCUAAACCCACCGAGAUCGCAAAGACCACUGCGAGUACUGCAGCAGCACCCGCGCCCAAGAAACGCGCUGCUUCAAAGAGCAAGAGUCCGACGCCGACGGAGACGCAGGUGGCAGAGUCUGCGACUACGACUGCGCCGGAGACGGCGAGGGUGCCGAACGCGGAGCUGUACCGCAAGCAAAUUGUUCCGUCGGUGAUUAUCCUUGUUGUCGCGGCUUUGGUGUAUUUUGUGGUGACGAAGGUGGAUGUGGAGGGGUAUUAUCAGCGAGCGGUGUUGGUUGGAGGAGGGCAUUAUAAGAAGGCGAUGCUGGUUGGAGAAGGGUAUUAUAAGAAGGCGGUGCUGGUUGGGGAGGGAUAUUAUAAGAAGGCGAAGUUGGUUGUGAAGGAGAGACUGCAGUGAGCAGAGAUGAGAUCAGGUGAGAAGCAGUGAGAUGUACGAUAUCGAUCUGUGUUGAGAGAUAGUAAUAGUAUUGCAACAUAUGCUAUUGUAGUUAUUGUAACUUAUCAUGUAAGUAGUCAACUGACUAUAUUCAUACUAUGACAGUAAUCAUAGCAACCACCGGAAAAGCCUUGAUGUGGCUUUGAUGCGGCACAGUUUCGGAGAAGACUCAGCUCGCUUGGUCGGAGAAGAGAGGUCUUUGCUCUCUUUGUCUGAUAUCUAGAACUGUUUGAUGAUCUUAGGUGUUUAUAUCUUGUGAAUAUGUUCUUAUAUCUGGAUUGAAUAUAACAACACUCAUUAAUUAUAUCCGGCAGAAGCGGCGGCAGCCAAGACGGCGAUAUGUCCGGUCGAGAGCAAAGAGAAUGAUACACAACAUACAAUAGCUGCAUACAAUUACUACAUUCUAC